AUGCCUCGUGAUCCGAAUACGCUGAGCAAUUACAACGACUGGAAGACGAAGCAUACUAUUGCUGACCUUGCUAUUGACUUCAAGAAGCAACGGCUUACCGGUACAGUUACGCUGCAAUUGGAAUCUAUUACAGAUAAGCAAUCUCAGGAAAUCAUUCUUGACACCAGUUUCCUCGACGUGCAGAAUGUCAGUCUCAAUGGUGGCAAGAGCACGUGGGAGGUCAAGGCUCGGUCUGAGCCAUAUGGCAGCCCCCUCUCGGUUGAGGUGCCCGGCGGAGCCGCAAAGGGGUCUAUUGUUUCGCUGAACAUUAGUCUCGCAACCACGGAGAAGUGCACUGCACUUCAAUGGUUUGCUCCGGCCCAGACUUCCAACAAGAAAUUCCCAUACAUGUUCUCUCAAUGCCAGGCUAUCCACAAUCGUUCAAUCUUUCCCUGCCAGGAUACGCCAGAUGUCAAGAGCACGUAUGAUUUCAAGAUCCGCUCUCCUCUUCCGGUUAUAGCAAGUGGUCUUCCGACCGGAGCAGCCAAGUUUGAACAUGGAGAGAAUGGAGAGUCUGGUACCUUGUUGUACUCUUUCCACCAAGAGAUCCCAAUGCCGUCCUACCUCUUUGCUCUGGCAUCAGGUGACAUAGCCACUGCCUCCAUUGGGCCUCGUUCAGUGGUGUCUACUGGCCCGGAAGAACUCUCAGACGCAAAGUGGGAAUUUGAAGAUGACACCGAGAAAUUUAUUCAAGUGGCCGAGAAGUUGAUCUUCCCAUAUGCUUGGACUCAAUAUAACAUAUUGGUUCUACCUCCCUCGUUUCCUUAUGGAGGCAUGGAGAACCCCGUGUUCACAUUCGCGACCCCCACUGUGGUUAGUGGAGAUAGAGAGAAUAUUGAUGUUAUCGCGCAUGAGUUGAGUCAUAGUUGGAGUGGUAACUUGGUGUCGAAUGCCAGCUGGGAGCACUUUUGGUUGAACGAAGGCUGGACUACGUAUCUAGAGCGACGAAUUCAAACUGCUGUUCAUGGCGAGUCUCAUCGAGAUUUUUCUGCAAUUAUUGGAUGGAAGGCUUUAGAGGACUCUGUGAAGAUUUUUGGGGAGGACCACGAGUUCACUAAGCUGGUGAUUGAUCUGAAAGGCAAAGAUCCCGACGAUGCUUUCAGCAGCAUCCCAUAUGAAAAGGGCUUUCACUUCCUCUACUACCUCGAAAAACUUAUUGGUAAAUCAUCCUGGGACCCGUUUAUCCCCCACUACUUCAAAACUUGGCUCAAGAAAUCCCUCGACUCCUAUGACUUCAAAGCCACGCUCCUGGACUUCUUCGCCUCCGACAAAGAAGCAUCCAAGGCUCUAGAAUCGGUAGACUGGGAUACUUGGUUCUACAAGCCCGGCAUGCCACCGAAGCCAGACUUUGACACCAGCAUGGUCGACACGUGCUACGCCUUGGCAGAUAAGUGGGAGUCCAAGGACUACACGCCAAGCAAGUCAGACAUCGAAGGUCUGUCUGCAAAUCAGAUCGUCGUCUUCCUCGAAAAAGUUCAACUAUUCAAAGAGCCGCUCGCACCAGCGCAAUCGAAAGCCAUGGGCAAAACCUACUCACUCACCAACACCCGCAACGUCGAGCUUAGCUCGCGAUACCUAGGCAUCGGCUUAACGGCCAAAGACGAAAGUGUGUAUAAGCCUACGACGGAGCUGUUGGGCAAGGUGGGCAGGAUGAAGUUUGUGAGGCCUCUGUAUCGGAAACUGGAGAAGGUGGAUCGGAAGUUGGCGCUGGAGACGUUUGAGAAGAAUAAGGAAUUCUAUCAUCCGAUUUGCAGGGGAUUGGUGGAGAAGGAUUUGGGGUUAUAG